GUUGUCAGCUUGCACAUCAGGAUACAAAGCAGACAGAAGAAAACCACAACAUUCAGAAUCUGCAGAUCACCUGACUCUUAAUUUGCAGGGAAAUCAGUGCCUAUAGAACACAAGAAAGAAAACAACAAAGAAGGAAACGAAUUAAAGAACAGAAACAAGCAGAAAAAUUCAAGUGAUUAAACAAAAGCAGUCAAGAAGGAGACAAAGAGUUUAGACAGGAUGAAUACUGCAGUUUGUGCCACAUCGCUGUCCGAAGAACAAUUUCAUGUAGUUGUUUCAGGGGAAAGUGUUAAGUUUUUGACCAGCCUAACCCAAACUGAAACCCAUCAGGGAGAAAAACCAGAUUCAACAAAUUCAUCUGAUCAGGGAACCAGUGCUACAUCAUUGGAACUGAAACUAUUCGGUCGAACCUCUGAAAAGAGUAUUUUCCAAGAUGUUGCUGUAGGAUAUUCUUCAUUUCAGGAGUCACCUUGUGAGGCUAGUAAUAAGCUGACCACAUUUCCAGGAGAUUUUGUGCAAGAUGAAAAUUUUAAAUGUUCUCGUUGCGAAAAGACCUUCAAAGAGUUAUAUUUAUUCACUGCUCAUCAGCGCUUCCACAAGAAUGAGGAUGCAUUGAAAUGUAAGGUGUGUGAUAAAGUCUUUAUGCACAUGUCAAGUCUCCUGAAGCAUCACCGUAUUCACACUGGUGAACGGCCAUUCAAGUGUGAGGUUUGUGGAAAGGCCUUCUCAGUUUCAUCAAGCCUCUUACAGCAUCAACGAAUCCAUACAGGUGAGAAGCCCUUUCAGUGUGAUGUCUGUCUGAAGCGCUUUACCGAAUCUUCUUCACUGAAAACACAUCAGCAUAUCCACACAGGUGAGAAGCCAUUCAAAUGCUCUGAGUGUGGGAAGGGUUACAGCAGGUCAUCACAGCUGCUAAUCCAUCAGCUUACACAUACAGAUGAGAAGCCUUACCAAUGUACCAUUUGUCUGAAAGGUUUCAUCCAGUUCACCCACCUCACCAAUCACCAGCGAGUUCACACUGGUGAGAAGCCAUUCCAGUGCAACCUCUGUCAGAAGCGUUUUGUCUCCUCUUCCUCACUUGCAUCACACCAGUACAUUCACACUGGUAAGAAGCCAUUCAAGUGUGAGAUGUGCGAUAAGACCUUUACGCAAUCAUCAAACCUUCUGAAACACCGACGCAUCCAUACCGGUGAGAAACCAUUCAAAUGUGAGGUAUGUGAGAAAACCUUCACUGUGUCCUCAAGCCUUCUGAAACACCACCGCAUCCACACUGGUGAAAAACCUUUUAAGUGUGAUGUUUGCUCAAAAUGCUUCAUUGAUUCGUCUUCUCUGACACGGCACCAACGCAUCCACACAGGAGUGAAACCAUUCAAAUGUGAAGUGUGUGGCAAGGUGUUCACAGUGUCAUCAAGCCUCCUGAAACAUCAGCAUAUGCACAAAAGGUAGAAGACCUUCCACUCUGACACCUACCAGAAAUACUACACUGUCGCCUUCUGGAUGUAGCAGUAUAUCAACACAGAGGGGAAUCUAUACAGCUACUUCAUAUUUAGGAAGGGUUUAAGCCCUUCAUACCCAUUAGCAUUCAUGUGUGACUGUCUCAAGCUUUUCAGUGCCAUAUUUUGGCUUCACCAUGACUGAAAUGUUAGUGUCGGUAGAUGGAGUUUCUACUCAUUUACACUAGUAAAAUCAACACAACUGGAGGGGGAUCAACAGAACUAGUGCAGAAUAUCGAAGUUUCUAACUGCGAAUUAUGCCCAAAUCCAUUUAAGUUUGUGUUUUCUAUAUUAUCUUGUGUUAAUUCAGGAUUCAAUUUGCGAGGAUCUGAUCAUAUCCGCAAGAUCCUUGGUAGAAAUUGCACGAUUACAUGAACUGCUUUUGUUCAGGAAAACUCUGAAAGUUAUGCUAAUUUUCUUAUGUCACAGCAUUAGUGGACAAUUUUUAAAAUGGUUUUUUUUAGUCAUUUUCAAUGGUUUUAAUUAAAAUCACUCAGAAUAGAGGCUGAUUAAAAAUGCUUAUUUUUGCUGAUUAAACCAUUUUUCAGCUUUUUUUUAGAAAAAAAGGUCCUGCAGCAGGUUACCUUUUAAAUGCAUCAAGGAAUACUUUUUAAGAAAGAGAGAACAGAAACAAAUUUUAAUUCUUGUAUGGGACAUGUACAUCAUGGACAAGACUAGCAUUUGUUAUCUAUCCCUGGUGGUCCUCAAGUUAAUUAGUUCUCUAGGCCAUUUCAGAGGGCAGUUAAGAGUCAGCCACAUUACUGUGAGUCUGCAGUCACAUGUAGGCCAGACCAGGUAAGAAUGUCUCUUACGUGCCUUUGGGAUGGAAAUGUGAACCGGAUAGUUUUUACAACAAUGGUUACAUUGUCGUCAUUAGACAAACUCUUAAUUCCAGAAUUUAUCAAAAUUCAAAUUUUUCUAGCUGCCGUGGUGGGAAUUGGACCUUUGCCCCCAGAACAUUAGUGUGGAUUUCUGGACUGCUAGUCCAGUAACGUUCCCACUAUGGUAAUUACUGCCUUCCUGUCCUAGUUUCAUGCCAGAUUGUUUCAGAGAUCUGAAGAAGGGUCUAGGCCUGAAGGGUCUAGGCUUUCCUGCUCCUCUGAUGCUGCUUGACCUGCUGUGUUCAUCCAGCUCUACACCUUGUCAUUUCAUGCCAGAUUGUGCUGGUUUAUGGAAACUUUAACACUUUUUUGAUCAUGCAAUUAACUUUGAGCGGACACUGAACUAUGACCAAAUCAGUGCAAUUUCCAGAUAGCCUUCCUAGAUUUAUUUCACAGCCUUCAAUCAAAGCUUUCAAUCAAUCAUUCACUUCAAAAUUGAUAAAGGUUUGGAAACUUACGAGAAAUGUCCAGAAUCACUAAAAAAGGAGUUGCUUUUAUAUGGCUUCUUUCAUGAUCUCUGGAUCUUUCAAAAUGUUUUAAAGUGCAGUUACUACCAUAAUAUAUAAACAGGACAGCCACUUUCCAGGCAAUAAGCUGCCAUCAACAGGCAUGAAAUAAAUUGCAAAUGAACUUCAUGGAGUUCCAGAUGGCGUUUGAUAAAACGACACUUAACAAGUUUGACUGCAAAGUUGAGCCCUGUGGAAUAAAAGAGUUAGUGGCAGCAUGGAUGUGAAGGUAUCAGAGUAUCAGGAAAUAGAGUAAUGGUAUGUGGUUCCUUUAGAAACCCAAAACAAAUUAUAUCAUUGGGGUUUUCCAAGGGUCAUUACAAGGACCACAAUUUCUCUUGGUGUGUAUUAAAGACCUAUACAUGGGUGUGCAGGGUACAAUUUGUAAAUUUGCAGAUAACACAAAGCUUGGAAGUAUCGAACGGUGAGGAGAAAAGUGCUAGGCUGAUAGAAUAGACAGAAAAUUGGCAGAUGACAUUUCUGAGGGAGAAGUAUGAGGUGAUAGGAAAAAUGAGGACAGAACAUAAAAUAAAAGAUAUACCUCCUAAAAGAGGUGCAGGGGCAGAGUAAUCUAGAGGUGUGGAUGUGGAAAUUCUUACAAGUGUCAGUACAGGUUAAGAAACUGGUUAAUGCGGCAUAUGGAAUCAGGGUUUUCUCGUUUUUUUUUUUUUUUUUUUUAAAAGUGUCAGCAAAGUGGUGGUUUACUGGAUAGUACUGUUUCUUCUGAGUCAAAAAGUUCACAGUUCAAGUCUCACUCCAGAAACCUUAAGCAUGAAAAUCGUGGCCAACACUACCAUUUAAUAUAUCAGGGAUUGCUGCACUGUCAGAACUAUUGUCAUUCAAAUAAAAUGUUAAACUGAUGCCCUAUCUGUGGUCUUAUGUGGAGGUAAUAUAAUUGAUCUACAGGUCUUGUUGUGUAGCAAUAGUGUUUCUACCUCUGUGGGGAAAAAGUAUGGGUUCAAAUCCCACCUGUCCCAGAGGUGUGUCAUAACAUAAACAGGUUAGUUGUGAAAGCAAGAAAGUUAUGAUGAAGCCUUACAAAACGCUGGUUUAGUCUCAUUUGGAAUAUUGUGUGCAAUUGUACAACGACAUUCCAGGAAGGAUGUGAAGGAAAUCAACAGUAUACAGAAAAUUAUUUUCAAGUAUGAUUCCAGGCUUGAGAAACUUUGUCACAUGGACGGAUUAGAGAAGCUGCUUCCUUAGGGAACAGAUGAUUGAGAGAUAUGCAAGAAGUGUUCAAAAUCAUGAGAUGUCUGUAUAACGUAGAAUAGGAGAAUCAAUUCCUUUUGGUGACAGUUUCAAGAACCAGAAGGUAUGGCUUUAGUGUGAGUGGUAAAAAGAACUGAAUGCAACAUGGCAAUAGUCUUUUUAGGAUGUGAGGUGUUAGGAUCUGGAGUGACCUGCCUGAGAGUUGGUGGAAGGAGAUAAAAUUGUGGCUUUAGAAAGGAAAUUAGAUUGGUAUCUAAGGAAAGAAGGGGAAAAAAAAAGACUUGCAGGGCUACAGGGAAAAGACAGAUCAGUAGGACCAGAUGAAUUUGUGUAGCAGCAAGUAGACUUGACAAUGGACCUUCUGAGCUAUAACCGUUUAUGAUUCCAGUUGUUAGUUAAGAUAAAUGUUUAAGACAGGAAAAUCACUCAGUGCUGCUUAACUUGGGAUCCUCAUGCCAUUCUGUAUCAUCAGGUUCUUCUUUAAAAUGAUGUUAUGUGAACACAGGCAUUUCAAAUGGCACAACUGUGACAGAUCCUUGAUAAGUUGUCAAUCAGUGGUACAUCCAUUUUAAUUAUGGAAUUUACAAAGGAAAAUUUAGUAAUUCCAUGAAUCAUCCAGAAAUGUUUCAGCAAAGAGUCCAUCACUGGUGAUUUUGCUGACACCUUAAAAUAUCUCACAUUUUGGGAAGAGAUGGAAUUGUACCCCAGGAAAGAAUGUGAAUAUUAUGUAGAGGAUCAAAUGGCAACACAAGCACUUGAAAGUCUGCUGUGUUACUGAUGCUUAUCUAGUUCCUGCUGCAAUUGCUUGUUAGAGGCAGGAAUUGGAUCUCUAAAUUCUGACUGGAUUAACUGAAGUGUGAAGAACCAUUACUUGAUUACAGUAGCUUUUUUUUGUCAUGUCCAGUGAAAAUAGUGUUUUUCUUUGUUGAUGAACAUCUUUUAAAUGUAACAGAUAAUUAAAGGGACUAAACACAAUUGUUAAAACAAUGCUUUGCUGAUGUGAAUUUUCUUCACCUAAAAUCAAUGUAAUAUUUAGCAUGGAAAAUCAAAGAAAGAGAUGGAAUAAAUUAGCCUGAGACACAGUUAGUAUUUCUGGAGAGAUUGAUGGCUUUGAGUAUAUUUUCCUCCAU